AUGUCCUCCCCCUCCGACCAGUCCCCAGAGCCCCUCGCGCUCUCGGUCAAUGCUGGCUCGUCGUCACUGAAGAUCUCCCUCUAUGCCGUGCACUCCCAUGAAUUCGUGCUGGGCGUGGAUCCCGUCGCGUUGCUGCUGACGUCAUCGAUUUCCAAUAUAUCGGCGCCCCCUGCAAAGUUCUCCUUCAAGGUCGCCAACGCCGAUGGCAUCGUCAGCGAGCAGGCGACAGACGUGAAGGACGAGCCGGUGGACUCGAUUACUGACCACGCCAGCGCGUUUGCCCAUUUCCUGGAUUAUCUGAAGCAGGAAGCCAAUAUUGACAGGGAGCGCAUACAAAGGAUAUGCCACCGUGUCGUUCAUGGUGGAAACUACAGUGAUCCUGUUAUCAUAUCCGACGAGAGUUUUCAUCACAUUGAAAGGCUUUCUGAUUUGGCACCAUUGCACAACGGUGCAGCGCUGUCCGUGAUCAAGGCAUGCAUAGCCAAUAUACCAUCGGCGCAGUCAAUCGCAUACUUUGAUACCGCAUUCCACCGGCCUAUGCCAGCCCAUAUCUCAAGCUACGCAAUCAACCAAACGAUAGCGAAGAAGAGAGGUCUUAAGAAAUACGGAUUCCAUGGCCUUAGCUACGCGUUUAUCCUACGUUCAGUCGCUCGACAUCUAGAAAAGCUCCCAUCAGAACUGAAUCUCAUCGUACUGCAUCUCGGCUCCGGCGCGUCUGCCUGUGCUAUCAAAGAGGGAAAAUCCCUCGACACAUCUAUGGGGCUUACGCCGUUGAAUGGGCUUCCUGGCGCGACGCGUGCUGGCGCCAUCGACCCGAGCUUGAUAUUCCACUACACGAACAAAGCGGGUAAAAUUACCCAUGACCGUAAAUCCGCCGUGCAAUUGCACGUUACCGAAGCAGAACACAUCCUCAACACCCAAUCGGGGUGGAAGGCCCUCACGGGCACUACCGACUUCGCCCAGGUCACUGCCAAAGCCGAUCUUUCUUCUGACCCCGACUACGAGAACAACGCGAACCGGUUGGCAUUCGAUCUCCUCAUCGACCGUAUUGUCGACUACGUCGGGGGGUAUUACCUCAAGCUGAACGGGGAGGUCGACGCGCUGGUGUUCUCAGGGGGCAUUGGGGAAAGGAGCAAGGAGGUAAGGCGGGUUAUUGGAGGGAAGAUGGCGUGCUUAGGGUUCGAGGCGGUCGAUGCGGAGAAGAAUGAAGGGAUGGAUGCGUCGGAGGGUGUCGUCGUGGAUCUGGGCGCGGGCAGGCCUGACGGAGAGGUCGUCGGGAAGAAGGGGAAGAAGUUGUUGGUUUGUAGGACCGACGAACAGUUGGAGAUGGCGCGGGAAUGCGCUUUGGCGAAGAAGUUCUGGGACUAA